AUGACUUUUUACUGGUUUUUAGUCGUAAAUAUUUUUUUAGUGAUAAUAUCGCAAGAAAUAUCGGGACAAAGUAACGUCGCACUGCCGCCAGAUGUGGAACUUUUCAACACUGGACUUGGUAACCGAAAUGGUCCAGCGGUGAAUGGACCGAAUUUGAAUAAUCUUGGACAACGGGCUCCUUAUAGGCAGUUUGAUAUUUUACCUCAUCCUGAAGCUGGAUGGCGAGUCUCAUCAGUACUUGUAGGAUCAAAUCCAGAUGCAGCUGUAAAUGGUCUGAUAACGUUCAAACAAUAUGAUCCGGUGCACGUGCUAGUUAAUGUUACGGCAAUGGGACUUCCGCCAGGACGACAUGCAGUUCAUAUUCAUGCCUUUGGCGAUUUGACGAAUGGAUGUGCUUCGACGGGACCGCAUUUUAGAUCGAAUUUGAUCGGCAACAUCGAAGCCAACCAAGAAGGCGCCGUUUCUCUACAAUUCUACAGCCCGUACGUACGUCUGUUUGACCUCAAUGGCAUUGUUGGUCGCGCCAUUGUCAUCCAUGAAAAAGAAUCAAAUUACGACAAAUAUCCCACAGUUUUUUCACCGCCAAUCUUGAACGGGUACGAUGAUCCGGCGUCAUAUCAACGUGACGAAGACGCUGUCGGAGCCGUUCUCGCAUGUGGGAUCAUAACAAUAACAAACAAUGUCGAGUAAAAUAAACGAACGACAGCAAAAGAGUCAUAAACAAUGAAAUCGAGUGUUAUUUUUAGAGAAGAAGCGUGUUGAAGAACGUCACUCUUUUGCUGGAUGAUGAAAAAGGUUCAC